ACCAUCCCUCCGCCAUGGCCUUGUGUUCACGCCUCCUGCCCCUGCUGGCGCUGCUGGCCCUCUGGGGGCCCGACCCCGCCCGGGCCUUUGUCAACCAGCACCUGUGCGGCCCCCACCUGGUGGAGGCCCUCUACCUGGUGUGCGGGGAGCGGGGCUUCUUCUACGCGCCCAAGGCCCGCCGGGAGGUGGAGGACACGCAGGCCUCUGCCUCGUCCCCCUCCUCAUCCUCCUCCACGUCGGCCCGGCUGGAGGGUCUGGGCACCACUGCCAGAGCACCCCCUGCUUUGGCGACGACUGCUAAUAUUGGCUCGGCCAGCAGAUCAUCGUCCGGGCGGUUUCAGCAGGGAGCCCGGGGCACCAGUGACUCCCCGGUCCUCUUUAUCCACCGUCCGGGAGCAGCAGGGACCUCGCAGCGACUAGAGUACAGGGGCCGGAGAGUCACCGCGGAGCUCGUGAGGGAGGAG